CGGCUGCUUGCACGGCUCAAAGAUUGCUCCGCUGCCAAAGACUUGGAGCGAGGAAGGAUUGCUCACGCUGAUGCCAUCCAAACGGCCUCGCGGACACCCGCACGACGAUGUGGUCCCUUGGAACGCGCUCAUGCCGAUAACGAUCAAGGAGAGCUCGCGCUCGAUCUCUUCUCCAGGAUGAGGUCAGAAGGAUGGUCUCUCUUACGUCGCUGCUUGAAAGGCUUGCAGUUGCUUAAGAGAAGCUCAUGGUCCAGCGGCAAGUUUUUGCUAAGGUUUGCACCGCUCGAUAAAGCCAGGGAGCUCAUCAGUUUAUAUGCCAAGUGUGGGAGUGUGGGAGUGUGGGAACUUGGCUGACGCCUUCCAGGUUUUUCAGAGGAUCCCGAGUCACAGUUUGGUCUCCUGGACGGUUUUGGUACUUGGUUAUGAGGAGAAUCUAUCAGGGCGUGCUGGCAGCGAAAGAAGCGGUUAAGCUCCCGAGCCAACACAAACUCGUCAAGGCGGCGGCUCUGGAAAAAGCUGUUCCUCCGACACAGAUAUAUUCGUGGCAAACGCAGCGCUCGAUAUGUUUCUCAAGUGUGGAAGCCUCGAAGAUGCUUGCCAGGUGUUUGAGAGGAUCCAGCGCCCGGAUGUUGUGUCGUGGACAACUUUGAUCGUGGGAUACUCCGAGAACCGCGAGCCAGAGGUGGUCCUCGAGCUGUUCCAACGCAUGCAACUCCAGCUCGUGGCGGUGGUAAAAGCUUGCAUGGCUCUGGGUGCGAUCGGGCAGAAGAUAGAUGGAAAGGUUGUCAAGGCGCAAAGCUUGGAGAAGGGAAUGGCCAUUCACGCGAUGGCUGUGUCGCAGUUUUACUACGACUCGGAUGUUUUUUUGGCGAGCUCGCUGGUGGAGAUGUAUGCAAGAUGUGGGAGCUUGCUCGACGCUUGCAAAGUUUUCGACAGGAUCGUCUCGCACGACUCGGUGUUGUGGACGGCUUUGGUGCUGGGCUAUGCUGAUAAUGGAGAGGAAGAGAUUGCUCUCGAGUUAUUCCGGUGCAUGAGUUCUCGAGGCUGCACACCAGAUUGUCGGACUUACGUUGCGGAGGAGGCUCGGAGAGUCUUCCUGGGAGGAGCUGCUUCACAAAACUUGGUCUCUUGGACGUCACUCGUGCUUGGCUACGCUCGAAACGGUAAAGAAGAUCUGGCACUGGAGGCUUUCACUGGUUUGCGACCACAAGGCUGUGUCCCGAAGACUCGACCGAUCGUAGCAGCACUGAAAGCCUGCAUUGAUCUGGCCGAGAAAGAAGAUGGAACUCAAGUCGAGGGAAAUUUUGUCAAGUUAGCAGCUCUCGAGAAAGGAAUGGCGGUCCACUCGGAGGCAGCAGCCAAGUGUCCCGGUGACUUGGAAAACACCUUCGUCGCGAGCAGCUUGAUCGACUUUUACGUCAAGUGUGGAAGCAUGGGCGAUGCUCGGCGAGUUUUUGACACUAUGCCAGAUCCGGGCCUGGUUUUGUGGAGCACGCUCAUGCUGGGAUACGCCGAUGAUGGAGAAGGUGACAUAGCACUGGAGCUCUACAAACUGGUCAACAAGAGUUACACCCCCGACACUCAAACUCUGGCCGCUGCUCUCACUGCUUUUGCCAGGGUUGUGUCUCUCCAAGCUGGGAAAGAGAUCCACUCGGAGAUUUACAGGUGUGGCUUGGAGGGUGAUGCGACGUGCAUGGUGGACUUUUAUGGCUGGCUUGGAUGGCGUUGCUUGGGGCUUGUCACAAGUGGAGGGACAUGA